AUGUCAUCUAUUGAAAAACUUCAGAUUCUGGGAAUUCGUUCAUUUAGUCAUAUCAAUCCUGAAGUCAUAAAAUUUCAAACACCCCUUACGGUGAUAGUUGGACCUAAUGGAACAGGAAAGACAACAAUAAUAGAAUGUUUGAAGUAUGCGACUACGGGCGACAUGCCGGCAGGAACUCGUAUAGGUGGCGCCUUUGUUCAUGAUCCGAGAUUAAUUCAGGAACAGGAAGUGAAAGGACAAGUUAAGUUAAGGCUGACUAGCAUCAAAAACAUAAAACUACUUGUCGCGAGAUCCUUGCAGGUAAAGAGAUCGGGCCCAAAAAUAACAUGCACAACCCUUGAAGCUUUGCUAUCAACUGAGGAUCCGGAAACAAAGGAGAGAGUAUGUAUUACUUCACGUUGCGCCGACCUCGAUAAUGAAAUACCUCUGCAUCUCGGCGUUUCCAGAGCUAUUCUCGAUAACGUGAUAUUUUGUCAUCAAGAAGAUUCCAAUUGGCCAAUGUCUGAACCAAGUGUCUUGAAAAAGAGAUUUGAUGAAAUAUUCUCUGCGACUAGAUAUACUAAGGCUCUAGCGAACAUCGCGGACUUGCGUAAACAGCAGGCUCAACUUCUCAGAGAGGACAAGAUUAUGCUUGAACAAUUUAAAAGAGAAAAGGAGCGAGCUGACAACAUUGAGAUAACGUUGGAGGAUGAUCAAAGGAAGGCAGAUGAGAUGAGAGCAAAAAGAGAGUCACUCGAUGUACAAAUAGACAAAAAUGGUAAGGAAAUUGAAGAACUUGUGAUAUCAGUUAGGGAGUUCGACAAAAUUAAAACCGAAAUGGAGGUUCUAUACAGAGAAAUGCAGGUCAUGACAUCAACACGGGACGAAUUGGCGAGUAAUAUGAACGAAAUGCAUGAAUCGGACGAAGAACUAAUGAGAAUCAAGGAUGACUACAAAAAUAAAUUAAAUUCACAUCAGGGAGAGAAGCAAACGUUUUUGAUCCAAAAAAAUCAAAUUAUCCCUGAACUUCAAAAACUUAAUUCAAAUAUUAACGAAGGUUUGACCGAAAAAGGGAGACUUGAAGCCGAACAAAUUUUGAAUGAGAAGAGGAUCGAAGAGCUUGAAAAAUUGGUUCGGGAGAUCAGUCGAACAUAUCAAUUUAGAACUCUUGUAACUGCACCGUUAACAAAUCAGAGUUUACAAAAGUUCAAGAUAUCAUUCCAAGAAGAAAUCAAUGAGAAAGAUCGAUUGUUUGUCAAACAGCGGGAACAAGCACACCAUAAAGAGGAUGAGUUGAACAUUCAACUGAACCGAUUGAAUUCUGAGAUUAACUCUCUUAAACAUUUGAGACAAAGUUCAAAAUCCACUGUUGAUGCCAAACGACAAAAGAAAAAUAGGUUAAUGGAAGAAAUCAAUAAUCAAAAAGUUUCAGAGGCAGAUAUUUCCAUCCUCAACAGUCAGUUGGCAGAAGAGGAGGCCUCUCUGAAAAAAUUAAAGUCGAGCAUUGAGAAUGAUGAAACCAAUAAAAAGUGUAUGUUGAGGUUAAAUGAUCUCCGCGAUGUUGACCAUAAAAUUAGUAACAUAGAUGAAGAAAUUUCAAGUGUAACUCAUCAGACUAGCGCGAGAGCUAAACUGGACUUACAAAGAUCGAAUCGACUUGAGAAGUCCAAUGAAUUGCAAUCCUUGUUAACUUCUCACAGAGAUGAAUUUAGGAAUGUCUUGGGUCAGGAGCCAUGUAUCGACACACUUGAUCAGGAUAUGCUGAAGAUUUUACGAAGCAAAGAACUAGAACUCAAACAAAUGGAAUCAGAAGACGAAAAAUUUAAGCGUGAAUUGUCGAAUAUGGAUGGAAGGUUACAAAUGUUACAAUCCACAAGACAAAAGAAACUUCAGGAAAGUCAUGAGAGCCGUCGGCAAUUGAAUGAAGUCUGUGGGGACAGAGAUCUUCCUGACGUCAUAAAGAAAGUAGAGGAAGAAUUAACUGACCUUCGCGAUUUAUUUUCAAGCUUUACAAAUCACGCAGAUCUAUAUAGAACAUUUGUCAGCGUGUCACAGAAAAAGCACAACUGUCCGCUGUGUCAUCGAGCCUUUAGCAGCAUGGAAGAACUAAGUAAAUUUCAGCAGAAGUUGCAAGAUCAUCUUUCCGAUAAAAUUCCAGAUAAAAUAUCUACCACUGAAAGUGAAAUUCUUGAUUGUGAAGCUCGACUGAGUCGCCUGAGGAAUCUACAAUCUGCUUGGAUAACCGUUAGUAGUUUACAGAGUCAAAUACCUGAACUGGAAAGGCAGAUCGAAGAACUUCAGGAUAAGAAGGUUGAUGUGGAAUCGGUUUUGGAGGACAUUUAUAUUAAUAUUAUUGGGAUUAAAGGCGAGACCGAUCACAUGAAGAAGUUAGGCAAAGAUGUCGAGAAUAUCACUCGCUUGCAUAAAGAGAUUAUAGCGAUUGACACCGACAUUAAUAAUCUUCAGCAAGAGCUAAGUCUAUCCGGUUCGACAAAGUCGCUGGAAGAUUUGACGGGUGAGCGAGAUUUACUGCAGGUUGAAGCAAGAAAGAUUAGGAGAGACAUCGAUAAUCUUAAUAAAAUUAAGGAUGUACGCUCACUUGAGCUGACCACACGUCAGGAAAAGGUUCACCGUUUAUACUUUCAAUUGCAAGAACAAAAAAACAAUUUGGCGGUGUGUUUACGUAUGCAGAAUGACAUUGACGAGUUGGACGAAGAAAUAAAGGCUCAAGAAAAUAUAAUCCGAAAUUUGGACAGCAAGAUAACUGAGCAAAGUCCCAAGAUCCGGACGAUCGACGAUGAAUUGCAAAUUUUCCGGCAACAAAGAAUCGAAGCCGAAAAUUCAUCAAUGCGAGAACUCAAUGAAAUGAAAAAAUUCUUUGAACGAUUUUGUGACACCGAGCGUGCUAUCGAGGCAUAUAAUUUAAGUCAAGGAGAACAGAAACUAGCAUCUUGUAUGGAGCGCAUAGAAAAGACAAACCAGCAAAUUGCUGAAAAAAAGUUAUUGGUAGAGAAGUUGGAGAAGCAAAUACAACUUUUAGAGAAACAGGCAUCCGAAAUUCGUGAGGUGGAAAGAGACAUUGCAGAUAAUCUCAAAUAUCGACAAUGCCAGAGUCGACUAAAUGACCUUGAUGCCCAAAUCAAUGAGUUAAAUGAUAAAGUCCAAACGCUCGGUUCAUCAUCAAAUUAUCGAGAGCGAUUGGACGAACUGCAACGGAUUCAGUCAAGGUUUCUUUCUAAUAAGGCAAAAUUGGACGGAGAACUAAAACAAUUGGAGGAAACCAUCCGAAGGGCGACGUUCCAGUUGGGCACCGAAUACAAAAAUGCAAAAGAGAAAUAUCGAGAAAAAUUCAUUGAAGUCAAGACCAGUGAAAUGGGUAUCAAGGAUCUUGAAAGGUACUGGAAGGCUCUUGACAAUGCUAUUAUGCACUAUCAUUCGCUGAAAAUGGCAGAGAUCAACUCCAUAAUUGCGGAGUUGUGGGUUGAAACAUAUCGAGGUUCUGACAUUGAUUAUAUUGAAAUUCGAUCGGAUGUGGAACAGGUUCGAGCCAAUCGAUCAUACAACUACAGGGUAGUUAUGCUGAAGAACGGUGUUCCCAUCGAUAUGCGUGGAAGAUGUAGCGCCGGUCAAAAGAAUUUGGCGUCGAUCUUGAUUCGACUGGCAUUAGCCGAAACCUUUUGUCUUAACUGUGGCGUCUUUGUUCUUGAUGAACCGACAACUAAUCUUGACGAUGAACACAUAUCUAAUUUGGCAUCAAGCUUGCGACACAUACUUGAAUCUCGAAAGCGUCAAAGAAAUUUCCAAUUAAUUGUUAUCACUCAUGACCAAAACUUUUCAAGGAUGCUUGGUCAAUCUGAUUUUUCGGAUAAAUACCUUUCAGUUACAAAAAAUGAAGAGGGACACAGUAAAGUUAGAGAGUUUAGGUGGAAUGAACCGGAUCUUCCUGAGGAAAAUCAAUCGGCAUGA